CUUUACAGGAUGACGUAGUUUGUUAUGAUCCAGUAGUACAGUAAUUUUGUUUUUAUUAGAAGUUGAGGCAUCGCACAUUCCUUCAUUAAUUACACUCACUUCGGAGGAAUGUUAUACGCUUGGUCGGAGAAUUCAAGUUUAAUAUAAAGUUGUCUCGAACUGUAAACUGCUAGUGUGGACUUAAGUUACUUGCUCUCAUCUCGUUCUCGGUGAAAUGAAUAAAAUAUUGAAAAUUGAUAAUGAACGGCAGUUCCGGCAGACUUUUCUAACUCUGUCCAAGUUUCGGGAACAAAGCCGGUACUGUGAUAUUCUCUUAGUCGUUGAUGGUCAAGAAAUACCAGCUCACAAAUGCGUGCUUGCAGCGGGAAGCAAAUAUUUCGACCUCAAAUUCAAACAGAGCCCCUCACUUCCGGAACCAUCCAAAAAGGGCACGGUCCGUCCAAAAAAAAUGGAUCUCAAACUCAAAAACAAAGCGUCCUACCAAACGGUCCUUUCGAUAGUCAAUUAUUUGUAUACAGGCGUCAUCGAAUACUCCGAAGAGGCAGUGAUGGACCUGAUUAAGACUCUGGACGAAUUGGGAGUGGAGUGCAACUCGCUCCUAGCAAGGCUCCUAAAUGACAGAAAUUGCUUCGAAAUGUUGAAAAUUGAAGGUGAAUUUUGCAGCGUGAGUCUGAAGGAAGCUGCGAAAAAUCACAUAGUAAGCAACUUAAAUAUACUCUACCAGAAAGACGGCUUCAAGAAUCUAACGAAAGACGAGGUCGAGUUUAUCAUCGCGACAGCCACUGAAAUUGACAUAGAUGCCUUUACAAUAUUUAAAGCUGUAACAAGUUGGAUUGAAAAGGAUCGCUCUCAUCGUACUGAACAUUUCGAAGAAUUUUUAGAUUACAUUUCUCUUGAUGAUUUGACACCGAAUCAGAUCAAAGAAUGCGUUGUGCUAAACGACCUAUUCCGAAGCAGUGGCAAAAGUUGUAGAUGGCUUGUAAAAUCAAUUACAGAUCAGAACUUCCAUCUGUCUAUGCGAAUUCUUGAAAAUUCAAAAAUGUACGUUUUUUCUCGAGGACCACGAAGGAAAAUGUUCACUAUGAGACCUACCCCUAACUACGAUAUGUACACUGGAAGUAGAUAUGAAGCUAUUGAGUGGGAACGUCCUGCUUUGGACUCAUUUUCUAUGACGAGAUAUAAGGAUAUAAUUUAUGCGGUGGGUGGAAAACGACAUAACCAGAUUGUAAAUAUUGGCUUGAAGUUCGAUACGGUACAGAAGACAUGGACCGAGUUUUUAUGCCCUAUCGGGAAAAUGGGGUGUGGAGUGUGUACUUCAAAACCAGGUAAAAUGCUUGUCGUUGGUGGUGUGAUAGGGAAUACUUGCCAGAAAACAUGUUCCUCUUAUGAUUUCGAAACUGGCCAGUGGAGUCCUUUGCCGAAUAUGGAGAAGGCGAGAUGGAACCCGGGAGUAGCAGUUCUCCAUUCUUCAGUCUUCACUUUCGGAGGAAUUGCUCAUGGUGAAGAACACCCAAUAGUUGAACGAUACGAUCCCCGUGAAGGCACUUGGUACAGUGCUGGUAUGCUCUCCUUUUACGCAGGCACAGUAGCGACUCGACUUGGUGCAAACAUUUACUGCUUGAAGAUUGGUUCGGAGGAUAUCUAUCGCUACGAUGCCCGAACAUUGGGUUUUAUGAGACUGCCAAACGAUGAUGGAUUGCGUGGCGAAUGGAUUGCACCGUACGAAGGCACUUUGCAAGUUUUGCAUAAAGAAGGAAUUGAGCACUUCGAUCUAGACGAGAAUGACUGGCGCCACAGUUGUGAUGGAAGUUUUGACGCUUAUUCCAUUUUAGUGGUAUAAAUGUGAUUUGUGCAAUUAUGAAUCUGUGUUAUGAAACGGCAAUAAUGUUAGCUUUAAGUAAUUGUUGUUAAAGGGAAUACCUCAUUUAUAGUUAAUAAAAUAAUGAAGAAAGA